UGUAAUAAUAUUUUUUUAUGCAUGUGUAUGACAUUGUCAAUGUUGAAAUUGAGCAGUGCUCUUUUCGUCUCCCGGUCCGUUUGUAGAAUAAUACGUAAAAAUUGUUGCAUAAAUAUGGCAAAGAAAACUGCAAUUUUGCUGAUUGCCGAUGGAUCGGAAGAAAUGGAAGCCGUGAUAACUGCUGAUAUCCUAAGACGUGCCGGGAUUGCUGUUACCAUAGCUGGCCUAUCAGAUGCUAACUGCGUAAAGUAGCGUGAUGUUAAAAUCUGUGUGGAUGCCAAGUUUGCUGAUGCUGUUAACAAUCAGAAGUACGAUGCUGUCAUUUUACCAGGUGGUCUUGGUGGAUCUAAAACAUUUGCAUCUUCUGCAGAAGUUGGAAAGCUGUUACAAGAACAAGAAAAGGAAGAUAGAUUAAUAGCAGCUAUUUGUGCAGCUCCUACAGCUUUAAAAGCUCAUGGCAUUGGCAAAGGAAAACAAAUCACUUCUUAUCCAGCCAUGAAAAAUGAUUUAAUCGAUGAAUACGAAUAUCUAGAGGAUAAAGUAGUGAUGGAUGGUAAUCUCAUAACCAGUCGAGGACCAGCGACUGCCUUUGCCUUUGGCUUAGCUAUUGAAAAAUUAUUGAGCAAAGAAGUAGCCAGUACUGUGGCAAAAGGACAUUAUACGAGGGACUACAAAUAAAUUUGCCUAUUUUGUCAAAGUGUUACCGUAUACAUAAAAUAAUCACUGUAUAAAUUUUGCAAUAUCUCUGGCUUAAAAAGAUAUGUUUAUUUGUAUACAUGAGUGCAUGUAAUAUAUAAAUUAUGACAAAA